CGUACAUCAUUUAUAUUUAAUAAGUUUUUUGAAUACCAUGUAUUGCUGCGGUAUUGCCUACAUCUGUGUAAACUGUCUAAGUCAGCAGAUUAUGCUUCAUCUUUUUUCAUCAGCAUCUGUUACUUGGAGCACAGUUGCGGCAAAAAGUUUACAUACACUUGGUAGAAAAACAGUUUUCCUCAAUUUUUCGUUGUUUGAAAUAUUUCUAAACAAUCAUUUUGUGAAAAUUUACAUUUACCCCCUUGUUGCCGUCACGUUCCAAAAACAAUUCGGAAAGUGGUCCACUGCAAUUGUGAGAUGUGAUAAAAAUGCAGAAAGUGGCACUAAAUAUUUGAGCUGGAGAAUGUAAAAGUUUGAUUUUGUUUGUAAAUAUAAAUGUGAAUCAUAUAUAUGUGUCUGGAUGUUUUUAUUUAUUUAAUUAAUUUAUGUCAGUUUUUGGCCAGUUGUCAGAAAUGUUGCAAAAUGAUUAUGGAAUGCACAGACAGAUUUGUGAGUCUAUCGUUGCCUCUUUAUCGGAGGUGUUAGGUUUCAGAUGUGAUCUUAGUCAAUGCUAUACACAAGACGCGUGGCCUGCAUAUGCACCUGUCGUGUGAUGCAGCGGAACGUCACUGAAACGUUUCCAGAAUACUUACCGAUUGGCCAUCAAUUGUUAUAAAUAGAAACAAGAACUUUGAACUAUUUGCAGUUGUAUUUGUAGCGAAUGUGAAACGAAACAGUAGCUUUCGUUACGCAUGUAAAACGUUUCUAGGAACAAAAUUACAUAAAAGGGACACUACACGGGUUGUAGCACAUCAUUGUUUGAGGCAUCUUGUGAGGUUCGCUGUUUCAUUAAGCAAUUUUCUUCUAAGAGUCUCCUAGUCAAAAUCUUCUCCUUCAAAACAUUGUUGAAGUUUUUGCGUCAACUAUAACGUCGUAGGCUACUGCAAUAUAACCUCGUUCGACUUCAGCUCUUGUGUAUCAUCCCUGUGAGGCGCACGUUUGACGGUCUCUGCCCCAACAUGGCACCCAGUGAGAAGAAAAAAGGGAGUCCUCUUGACUGCAAGUCUCAUCGAGACCGACAUCAUCAUCAUCGUCACCACCAUCCUCCUCCUCUGGGUCAUGCUCCACCUCUAGCAGGUCACCCUCCCCACCCUGGCUUUCUCGGACCGCCUGGCUUCGCGGAGGAUUGGGAUCCUCACUUCCCACCCCACCGCCACUUCCCUGGUGGUCCUGCCCAUCACUUCCGGUUUGAACCAGGCCCGUACGGCCCAGGACGCUGGCCUGGAGACCCAAGAAGACACUGGUGGGAUGGUUCUUCGGAUGAUGAAGAGGCGACAGGUGCGCCAUGGUGGUGGGCCGAUGAAGGAGACUGUCCCGAGAGACGGCAUCCACCGAGGCCCGGAGACCGACGUGGUCGCGGAGGAUUCUGGCACCGUGGAUUAGGCCUUGGAUUUGGCCGUCGCAUGUGGGGCCCGCCCGGUGGGUUCGGUCGGGGAGGCUUCGGUCCCGCCGUCGGCUUUGGCCGUGGACCCCUGCCUCACGGCUUUGAUUUGAUUUCCCAUCUACCAGCCCAUCCCUGGGAUGGAGACAGCGACAGCACCAGCAGCGAGGAUGAGGCGGAGUCCGACUUCGAAGCAACCUUCCACCUCGGGCAGUACAAGAAGAAGAACAUCAGUGUCAGACUGGCUGGCAGGCAUCUGUUGGUUGAGGCCAAGGCAAGAGAGAGGCAGGGCUCUAGAGGGCGCAAAGGAAGCUGCAGAAGAUACUUCGCGGAGCAACGCAUCCUGCCCAAGACAGCUGAUUGGUGCAGAAUGACCGCCUCCUUGAGUUUAGACGGGCUGCUGACCAUCAGGGCGCCACCACGGGCGGGCGAGGCCAACGAAAACGCGGGUAACUGCGAUCGAAUAGUCCAGGUACGAGACGAGAGGUCAGCAGACGCCGAGCUGGAGGAACAGAUGAACUCCGAUGGUGAUGCACACGACCAAGACAGCGCAAGAGACGAGUAGGAAGAAACACACGUUGACUUUUGUGACUGCCAUGUAGAAAAUCAGCAAACUAAUUAGAUUUCCAUUGAAGAGGUCGAGUUAUUACGAGGUACACCAUUGAAAUCAGUAGCUUGGGAGGCUGCCGAGCAGUUUUAUUCCUGACGUGAACUUCCAUUUUUAAUCAAAUCUACUCAUCUAUUCCAAAGAAAAAAUGAAAAAAUAUUACUAUUGGCCUGGAACAUUUUCUAGAAAAAUUGACUUAUUUGUGUAAAUACUUUGAUAUCGAUCAAGCUUAGAAUGGCUAAAUCGAGUGUCUAUUAAAAAAUACAAUCUACUUGUACUAAGGCUUGCUUUAGAACUUGUGCUCCAAAAAAGUAUAGAUUUCAUCUGUUUCUGUGAACUCUUGUACUAUGGAGUUUUAAUAGGUUAAAUAUAAUCGCUAAAUCAGCUACAUCUUCGUAUAUUUCUGAACUACAUGUAUAAUACUUGUGCGUAAAAUUCGGCAAGACUUGUAAACUUUUGGAUAUUUGAGCAAGUUGCUCUAUGUAAGAAAAUAAUUUUUUCUUAGAAACACUUUUAAAGUCUGAAUUUAGAUUGGCUCGUGAAAAACACAAGCUUAAACACUUCAUUUUAUGUAAAUACCUUAAUUGUUAAUCAGUGGAAUGAAAUCACUGAGAAAUUACGGCUUUAUACAGUUUAUACAAUGCUUUGACGCGAACCUAGUUUUCAAAGAAUAGUUGUGAUGUUUUUUCUUUAAACAAUUCAUUUAAGAUUUUAUUCAGUUUUUCAUUCAGUUUUUUUCAGAAACCUGAAAUGUAAUAAAAAUUUAGCUGUUAAUGUUUGCAACCUGAAAUAAUUGUACACACAUGUGAAUAUCUCA